UGACGGGUGCGAAAGCUUCUAAAGGCAGUUCAACCGGGAUAUCGAGCAUCGUGAAUUUAGCGCCUGUUUUUUAAAGUUUUGACGGAUUUUUGUGACUCAGGAAUCCUUGAUUGACGAGGAGUAUCGAAAUUGAACGGGAUUAAGGACGUAUUGGACAAACAUGAGGCCUAAAUUGCUUCUUUUUAGUGUUUUUGUUGUUUGUGUUGCCUUCGCAAUCGCCAGCACGGUGGCGAACGACGAUGACUCGAUUGACAUCGAUAGCGACACAGAUUUUCCUUUGUUAAAAGAAUCGAAAAGCACCACAUCUGCGGAAAGUUUUGACGGCGAAGGAGACGACGAGGAUGACGAUUAUGGGUCUGGAACUGUGUCAGAUGAAAGUGCGAGUGGCAGUGGAGAGUCUCAAGUGGACGUUUCUGUUGUUACGCCGUCCACCAAAAAACCAGACACCAAAACCGAACAGACCACAGUAAACCUUAACGAAAUAACAGAUAGCACUGAAAAACCGACGCAUGACGUAGGAGGCAACGAACUUAUAGAUGGGCCAACGGAUGAAAAUGACGAAUCGAUGGCUGGCGGUUUCUCAAUCAGAGAUGACGACGAGCCUAAAGAAGAUUCUCCGAACGCUGAGACGCUAACCGAAGAGAACAAUGAAAGUGUUCUUAGAGUUCUAACUACUGAGGUUAUUGCUGCAGUCGUCGUGGGAGCUGUAUGUGCCGUUAUUCUGAUCGCAUUUUUGGUUUAUCGCCUCCGGAAGCGAGACGAAGGUAGCUAUGCUCUCAGUGAUAUCGGCUACAAAGACACCUACAAACUUCAAGGCGAUACUGGCAAAGAGGCCUUUGUUUGAACAGAGUGGAGACAUUAUUUUAUAAGCUGAACUUUUUUACGGACACAAGUGAGUUUUUCUAGUCGAGGUAACUAGUAGUGUACGUAACACGCCUAAAAUAUAGACAAUUUGCUGCAAGUAGUUCGCUCGAUUGAGCAUAACCUCGGAACGACUCCAUCUCCCAACGCAAUACUGCUAUAAAAUCGCGUUUUAAAACUAUGUUAACUCGCAAAGAAAAGGUUGAAAAAGAUACCUUUUUCGUAAUUGGGUUUGUUUUUAUGGUUUUAUUUGAAAGCGAAGUGAGUUACCACGGAUUCAUUUUCGUAAAAUGUGGGGUUAUGAUAAGUAGGUAUUUCUGACCUAUGUAGCCUUCAUUCUCAACCAAUUUUUUUAAGAUUUUUUUGUAUAUGAUACUCAAGUUAAAGUGAUAAUGAUUAUUUUAAAUGUCUUGUUUUUUUGGGGACAAGAAAUCAUUUAUGAAAGCAUAACUGUAUGAUAUGAGUAUACACACAUGAUAUAGCAUAUGAUUUUUUACACUAAAUACGUCGCAACUUCGCCGUAGAGUUCGGUAGAACGUUGCCUUUGCAAGGGUCGUAUGUUUACGAAUAUCUUGUGAUCUAAGGUAAUUUUAUGAAAUGAAUCGACGAAUGUAGACUCUCAAAUCUCCAUUCUAAGGUUGAAUGUGGCGUAAAGGAAAGAAAAAGCAACUACUGGGAGAUAUUUAUCGCUUAAGUGUAGCGAGUUUUCUUCAAAGUUUGAACGGCUGAAGUUGCGCCUUUGGGAGAUUCAAUUAUUCGCAUGUAGACCUCGUUUUUGAAAUUGCACAGGCAUGUGAAAGAGGGCCGCGAGAUUCGGCUCGUUUUUUGUAAUAAAUAAUCUUUUUGAAGAACA